GGCCCCAGCCCCGUCCCGAUCCCGGCCCCGCGGCUCCCAGCGUGCAGCCACCAUGCCGUGGCCGUUCUCAGAGUCCAUCAAGAAGAGGGCCUGCAGGUAUCUGCUGCAGAGGUACCUGGGCCACUUCCUGCAGGAGAAGCUCAGCCUGGAACAGCUCAGCUUGGAUCUCUACCAGGGCACCGGCUCUCUGACGCAGGUCCCUCUGGACAAGUGGUGUCUGAAUGAGAUCCUGGAGUCUGCAGAUGCACCUUUAGAAGUCACAGAUGGUUUUAUCCAGUCAAUUUCUUUAUCUGUUCCAUGGGGUUCAUUGCUACAGGAUAACUGUGCGUUAGAAUUAAAAGGAUUAGAGAUGGUCUUCAGGCCAAGACCAAGGCUUGCAUCUGGCUCUGAACCUAUGUAUUGGUCAAGUUUUAUGACCAGUAGUAUGCAACUUGCAAAGGAGUGUCUUAGCCAAAAAUUGACAGAUGAACAAGGAGAAGGAUCCCAGCCUUUUGAAGGACUUGAAAAAUUUGCGGAAACUAUUGAAACAGUACUACGAAGAGUGAAAGUUACCUUCUUAGAUACUGUUCUGCGAAUCGAACACGUGCCGGAAAAUUCUAAAAGUGGAACUGCGCUUGAAAUUCGAAUUGAAAGAACUAUGUACUGUGAUGAAACUGCUGAUGAGUGCUCUGGAAUUAAUGUGCAUCAGCCCACAGCUUUUGCUCACAAGUUACUUCAGCUCUCAGGUGUCUCUUUCUUCUGGGACGAGUUUCCCGCAUCAACAAAGUCCUCCCCAGUCUGUUCAGCUACACAGCUGGCAACUGAACCAAAGCUUUCACCCAGCUGGAACCCAAAAAUCAAUUAUGAGCCCCAUCCACAAUUAACAAGGAACUUGCCAGAAAUUACUCCUUCUGAUCCUGUACAGAUCAGUAAGCUGAUUGGUAGAAUUGAAUUGAGCCUAACAUUAAAGCAAAAUGAAGUACUUCCUGGAGCUAAGUUGGAUGUGGAUGGGCAGAUAGACUCUAUACAUCUAUUUUUGUCACCCAGGCAAGUGCAUCUUCUAUUGGACAUGGUAGCAGCUAUUGCUGGACCAGAAAGCCUAAGCAGGAUAGAAUUGUCUAAUAAAGAUAGAAAGAACCGGCCAAUGCAGCAGGAAGAUGAGUAUCGAAUUCAGAUGGAACUGAAACGUUAUUUAAGAAAAGAGUCUUUAUCUGCAGGAGCCUCAUCUGAACAGAGCUUCUAUGAGACAGAGACAGCCAGAACGCCUUCUAGUCGUGAGGAAGAAGUUUUCUUUUCAAUGGCUGAAAUGGACAUGUCUCACAGCCUUUCCUCCCUUCCACCUCUUGGAGACCCUCCAACUAUGGAUCUAGACUUGUCUUUAACCAGUACAUAUACAAACACACCAGCAGGAUCUCCACUGAGCACAACAGUGCUUCAACCAACCUGGGGUGAUUUUCUUGAUCGUAACAAACAAGAAUUACAGCCUCCAAGAGGUUCUUCACUUGCAGCCAAUGUGGUUCACCAGGCUUCCUUAAGGAGGACGUCUAUUCCAUCCAGAUCUGUUUCUGUGGAUGAAUCCAGACCUGAGCUUCUUUUUAGACUCACAGUGGGAACUUUCUCAGUGUCUGUACUUCAUAUUGACCCUUUACCUCCACCUGAAAGUUCACUGAACCAUAACCCUUUGACACCAAUGGCUCGAGAUUUCUUUGCCCGAAUAGAAAAGAUUGAGCCAGUUAAGUUUGCAACUGAAGAUUUUCUGUCCUUCCGAGAAGUAUUUUCAGAAGCUUGUUCUCAUGAUCACCUUAGAUUUAUAGGUACUGGCAUCAGAGUGUCCUAUGAACAAAGACAAAGGUCUACUUCUCGAAGUUUUAGUACGGAUUUAUCCAUUGGGAAUAUGGAGCUUCUGGAAUGCCUUUUCUCUACGGACUCUCAUUCCAUUCAGCCUCACUAUACAGAGCUGCUGACAUUUCAUUCUGAAGAAGAAAAUGAUUCUCAUGCUCUGCCAUGCCUUCAGCUUCACUACAAGCAUUCAGACAAUAGAGGACCUCAGGGUAGUCAAGGCAGACUUAGUUCUAUUCCGCAGAAAGCAGAGUUACAAAUAAAGUUAAGUCCAGUGUUUUGUGAGCUGGAUAUUAGUAUUGUGGACAGAUUAAAUUCCUUGCUUCAACCACAGAAACUAACUACAGUGGAGAUGAUGGCAUCUCACAUGUAUACUUCAUACAACAAACACAUAAAUCUGCAUAAAGCAUUCACUGAAGUUUUUCUGGACGAUUCACAUACUCCUGCAAAUUGUAGAGUUUCAGUUCAAGUCACUGCCCCUGCAUUAAAUUUGUCUGUUCGCUUCCCAAUACCUGACCUGCGGUCAGAUCAGGAAAGAGGACCAUGGUUUAAGAAGUCACUUCAGAAAGAGAUUCUUCAUCUUGAGUUUACAGAUACAGAGUUUAAAACAGAGUUUGUAGGAGGCUCAACUCCAGAACAAGUUAAAUUAGAACUUACUUUUAAAGAGCUUACUGGUUCAUUUGAAGAAGAUAAAACACAAGCGCCAGUAAAAUUUUUUCAAGUGUCUGGCGGUGUUGAUGGAGAUAUAACAUCAUCAGACAACUUUGAUUGGCCUCGGAUUGUAUUGAAAAUAAACCCUCUGGCUGUGCACUCCAUUCUGGAAAGGAUAGCAGCUGAGGAGGAGGAAGGAGAUGGUAAUUUUCAAGAGGAAGAAGAAGGAGGACCUCAUUCUUUGAAAGAUGUUUGUGAUAUUAGAAGACCAGAGCCUUCUCCUUUUUCUUCUCGUAGAGUCAUGUUUGAAAAUGAAGAGAUGGUGAUGCCAGGAGAUGUAGUUGAAAUGACUGAGUUUCAGGAUAAAACAAUUAACAAUUCUCAUUAUGUACUGGAGCUCAUGUUACCAAACAUUCACUUAACAUUACCAAACAAAGGCUUUUAUGAAAAACUUUACAACAGAAUCAGCAAUGAUUUGCUGUUGUGGGAACCAACCGCUCCAUCUCCUGUAGAAACGUUUGAAAACCUUUCUUAUGGUGUUGGACUAUCUGUGGCCAGUCAACUCAUCAAUACUUUCAGUAAAGACAGCUUCAGUCAAUUCAAAUCUGCAGUUAAUUAUGAUGAUGAGAGUGGAUCUGAAGAGGAAACACUACAAUAUUAUUCCACUGUUGAUCCAAAUUAUCGUUCACGCAGAAGGAAAAAGCUUGACUCUCAGAAUAAACAUUCACAAAGCUUUCUAUCUGUUCUGCUAAAUGUCACGCAUGGAUUAGUGUCGAUAUUCACAGAUGUAAAGCAGGAUGAUGGAAAAACACUAGAAGGAAAAUAUGGAGAAUUCUGGUUGGAAUUCAACAAUGGUUCACUUUUUAGUGUGACUAAAUAUGAAGGUUUUGAAGAUAGACACUACGUUUGUCUCCAUUCUAGCAGCCUCAAUUUGUAUCAUCAAGGUAUGGUGGAUGGGGCCGUCCCUUCAUCUGAAAUACGACUACCCAGCACAAUACGUCCCCAUUGGUUAGAACCUACUAUUUGUUUUUCGGAAGAAGAUGGUCUUAGUAGGACAUCCUCAGAUGGUGUGGGAGAGAACUGCCCAAAUAUGCUGACUGUUGCGGUCAAAAUCCAAUCAGAUAAAAUAGAGAGCAAUACAAAGGAAUUUCUAGUUGCUGUUGGGCUAAGAGGAGCUACCCUUCAACACAGAGUGUUGCCUUCAGGUCUAAGCUGGCAUGAACAGAUUUUAUAUUUUUUGAAUAUUUCUGAUGAGCCUGUUUUGGGAUAUAAUCCUCCAGCAACAGUUACAACUUUUCAUGUCCAUCUGUGGAGCUGUGCUCUUGAUUACAGGCCUGUGUAUUUGCCAGUCAGAUCUCUACUUACUGUUGAAACUUUCAGCAUUUCCAGCAGCGUUGCAGUUGAUAAAUCCUAUUCUACUCUCAGGGUGAUUUUAGAUGAAGCUGCUUUGCAUCUGUCUGACAAGUGCAACACUGUUAUGGUAAACCUCCAUAGAGAUUAUGUUCGUGUUAUGGAUAUGGGCCUGCUGGAACUAACUAUUACAACAGUAAAAUCUGAUUCAGAUGGGGAAAGGACUAAACCACGUUUUGAGCUGCACUGUUCCAGUGAUGUAAUCCAUAUUCGCACCUGCUCUGAUUCAUGUGCUGCACUAAUGAAUCUUAUACAGUAUAUUGCGAGUUAUGGUGAUUUACAUCCUCCAAGUAAAACAGAGAUUAAGUGUGGAGUUAACAAGCCAAAAAUGAAGGUGGAGACAUUUAGCCAGCCCUCUUCUCAUGGGCCACUGCUUGCUGAAUCAGAGCAACAGAUAUUACGGGAUUUGAUGAGUGAUGCUAUGGAGGAAAUUGAGACUCAUCAGACUUCUGCUGUGAAGAUAGAGCCUAAUGGAGUUUUGGAUGACAGAUCUCAAACUCAGGAACCAUCCUGCUCAGAUCUCUUCCUGUUUCCAGAUGAGAGUGGAAAUGUCUCACAAGAUCCGAGUCCCACUUACACUUCAUUCACUCAUCAUCUGAUAAAUGAAACCGUGGGAGAUGUUCCUGCAGAAAGUGAUGAUUUCUGCAUUCUUUUUGCACCAAAAGCUGCUGUUUCUGAGAAAGAAGAAGAACCAGUAAUAAAAAAACUGGUUGAUGAUGCAAUUCUGAUAAAGGAAAAUCAUUUCAGUCAACCUGUGAAAAAAACAGAUGCAAGCAAAGCUCCCCUUCAUUUUCCUGUUCCUCUGGUACGCUACAUUGUGAAGGAAAUCUCUCUUAUUUGGCAUCUUUAUGGUGGAAGGGAUUUUGGGUCUGCACCACCAACAUCUCCAGCUAAAAGUUUUGUAAGUCCCCAUAGUUCUCCUUCUCAUACACCCACAAGACACGGAAGGAGUACGGCUUGUGGGGGAAGAGGGAGAAACCCAGACUUCCUCAUGGAAAUACAGUUAAGCAAGGUGAAAUUCCAGCAUGAAGUAUACCCCCAAAGUGGUGCAGAAGGCGAAUCUGGUCUGUUGGAACAACCAGUGUCACGGCAGAUUUUUAUUGUUCAAGACUUGGAGAUCAGAGAUCGUUUAGCUACAUCACAGAUGAAUAAAUUUCUCUAUCUAUACUGUAGCAAGGAGAUGCCCAGAAAAGCACAUUCAAACAUGUUAACAGUUAAAGCGUUACAUGUCCGACCAGAGUCUGGCAGAUCCCCACAGGAAUGUUGUUUACGUGUUUCAUUAAUGCCACUUCGCCUCAAUAUUGACCAGGUUGGUUGUGCUCAUGCAAAAAUAUUGAUUUUUUUUAUUUUUUUUUUUUAA